UAAAACAGCAGACGAGGGGGGGCGUUCCUACAAAGAGGGAGCAAGGAGGAGAAACGGCAGACGAGGAUAGGGAGAGUGACUGAGAGGAUAGACAGCGUCUGAGAGAGAGGGUCCGCAUGCAGGACAGAGUGAUAAAACAGCAGGCAGACGCUGGAGAGCUUUUUUUUUUCACUUCUACCACAACUGCUACAGCAGAGGAGAUGCUUAUGUGAGGAGAGCAAGUGAUUGUGCAUAGUAAGCAGAAGCUGUCUUUAUUUUUUUAUAGAUAAAAGCAGGAUUUGAUAAGUUGCUGCAUCUUAGAGUGUUUUGUCAUGGAUGACUCUAGGGAACCUACUGAAUAGAUCUCAGCGCUGCAUCAUGGUUCAGCAAAGAACCCACAAAUACUUGUCAGUCAUGGACAGCAAUUCUACCAGAGAGGUGUUUGUGGGACUGGCGGCAGAAGACGAUGCUGAGGUAUUUGGACAUGUACCUCCAAACAAAGAUCCCAACUGGUGCAAAACUCCAACUGGGCACAUCAAAAGACCAAUGAACGCUUUUAUGGUCUGGUCCCAGAUUGAGAGACGGAAGAUUAUGGAGCAGUGGCCUGACAUGCACAAUGCAGAGAUUUCAAAGCGCCUCGGAAAACGAUGGAAACUACUGCCCGAUUAUGAGAAGAUACCCUUCAUCAAAGAGGCCGAAAGAUUGCGUCUAAAGCACAUGGCUGACUAUCCUGACUACAAGUACCGGCCCAGGAAGAAGAGCAAGUGCUCUACCCCUGUGAAACUUGGCGAGAAGUUGCAAAUGAAAUCCAGCAAGCCCCAUUCAGGAAGAUCAAGUGGGCUCUCCUGCAAAGGGCUAAAGAUCAAACCUGCUUCUACCAAGCAUAAAAUGAACUUCAAUGGCAAUAAAUACAAGAGCUACAGCGAGAGCAUGAGCGAUGACGACACAAUGGAUGUAAACUUAGAAAGUCCAGUGACUCUGCAAGACGAUCACAACACGUCAAGUCACUUUGUCCUUCACCAGCAGGCCACCGUUCAGUCUGAGGACCAGCAACCAGUUCCUGAGCUCAGAGUGAAAGUGCCCAUCUCUCAAACCAGCAGCAUCCAGAGUCUCUCCUCAGACAGCGAGUGCCAGGCUCCCCCAGAGUCCACGAUGAGUGAGCCACAAGGGUCGACGUCUGGAAGAUCCUCCACACCGACCUCAACCAGCUCCUCCUCUUUGGUGUCGUCAGCGUGUUCGGAUGAGGAACUGGACGAGGAACUCUUGCAUAUCAUUUCAAACAGUAUGCCUAUGGACUGCUCUGCUCUGGACAAGGACUUUGAAGCAUUUCAUGCUAACUCAGGAUCCCAUUUUGACUUCCCAGAUUACUGCACUCCAGAGGUGAACGAAAUGAUUUCUGGGGACUUGCUCGUGCCCAGUAUCUCAGACCUAGUGUUCACCUACUGAAGUUGAGUCCUCUGUAAUGUGGUCAGGCCUGCAUAGCUGCCAAUUUAAAAAUAUUUUGUCCGUGUUGUACUUGGACAAUUCCUUUUUCCAUGUGUUUAUUUUUCUCAAUGAAUCCCGUAAGUGCUAUUGCUUUACUUUCCAAGCAUGUCACAUCUUGUUGGUUUAGCUAACAGACACACAGGGCUUUGCAGAGCUGUUAGACAUUCAGAUCUUGUUCAACACUUCAGAGAGUAAAACAUUCAGAUCUUGUUCAACACUUCAGAGGAAGCUGGGUGUAUUUCUUAGAGACAGAGAAAGCUGAAAAGCUACUUUCUCUAAGUACCUGAUGGGCAGCAGUUAGAGGCAAAAACUUGUAUUGAUUUAAAGUGACAAUUCAGCCAAAAAUUAACAUUUUGUCAUCAUUUACUCACCUUACACUUCCUUUCUUCAUGAAUUACAAAAAAUAUAUAUUUUGAACAAUGUGUCAGUUGUUUUUGUCCAUACAUCCAUAGUCAAUGGGGACCAAAACAACAUUGGACACCAUUGGAUUUCACUGUGUGAAGAAAAAACACUGUGACAUUCUUCAAAAUAUCUUCGUUUGUGGUCCACAGAAGACAAAUUGGUAAAUAAAUGGUGACAAAUUUCAUUUUUGACUGAACAAGCCCUUUUAUAUCCAGCACUGUCAUUUUAAUGACUCCUUAUAAUGUAAACUCUUAAUCAUUAUUCAUUCAAAUAUACGAUUUCCACCACAAGUUUCAAUGUGCACAAAUACGGAGGUCCGCUAACAGUAUUGGUACAUUAACAUUCUGAAAGAGUAGGGAAGAAAUGAUGAAAAGGAAAAUAUGACUGAAACCAUUUAUUAAAACCUACAGCACUUACAGUAAAGCAUCAGUAACCUUGCGGAGGAAAUCACUGCAGACACGUAAUUCAUAUCCUAUUCGUUAAUUAGGUAAUAGCACUUUCAUCACCUUGCCAUUGCUGCAGACGUUAAGACACACAUGUGAUUUAAAGGCAGCUCUGCAUCGGCCCUGCGUGCAGGUGUUUGUGUGUGUGUGUGUGUGUCAAUGUGUGCCUGAACUGUUUGGACUGUGGACAAAAGGGGGUUAAGGUUAGGGUUUGGGGGUUGGGAAUGAUUCUUUCAGGGAACUGUGCAUCUGUCCAUGCAGGCAGCAGCUUUUAUGCAGGGGUCGGACUCUGCGCUUACCGAGCGUCUGCCGGGGUGGGGAGGCGUACGAGGGGGGGCUCUUGCACCGGUUCACUGAAAUGCAUGUCAUGUCUGCAGUCUGGCUGCAGCUGCCCCGAUCAGGGCUAGAAAUCUGUGUCUGCCAGCUGGCCCCCAUUGACUCUCUCAGGGAUCGUUUGUCUAGGUCCUAGUGCCUCCCGUAGGUAAUUCAUCUGUGAUGAUCUGUGUGUGCGUGUGAGCGUCUCUUUCUCUCCCGGAGAAGCCAUCCGAAGCCAACCGAAGUGACAAAAUGCCCCGAUUUCUCAAAACAGGAUCCGUCCUCUUUUUUUUUUUUUUUUUUUUCCACCCACAUGCUCUUAUUAAUUUCAGCUCAGUUGGUGCCCGGGAGACCGGCAUUAUUUACCUCCCACCAACAGUUGUCAGAGAAGGGACAACAAACCCUGCAGUUUGUUUCUUACAUAAACUCUUAAUCCUCAUUGAUUCCCGACAUCCUGUGAAGAUGCAGCAGCAUGCUGUGCAAAGCGAAGGAACACAAAAGGAAAGGGACCUGAUGUGUGUUUGCUCUUGGUUUAACCUCACUGUUUGGACUGCAUAAUGACUACUUUUGUGACCACAGAGGCAUAAACAGUCUCCAUCUUGCUGUGUUUCCUUAUUGUAGGAAAGAGUUGACUGAACUAGUUCGGUACAACCAGUAUUUUUUCUAGACCAUGAUAGUUUGCAAAUAUCUUAGUUUUAUCAAGUGGUUUUUAGAAUGAUGCCACAUUCGGUGGUCAAACAUGUAAUUCAGGUAUAUGUAUUUCAACUGCAAAGGGAAAUGGCGUUAAACAUAAGAGGACCGAUAGAAAAGAUGGACACAGUUUGUGAUACGAGGCCUUCAUUCAUAAAACACAAACAUAUGAGGAUUUUCGAUGUAUAAAAACAUUGCGUCAACAUAUAUGUAUAGCGCAGAAAGAUUUAGUGCUUUAAAACUGAAGCGUUGGCAUUUUAAAUGCUCAAAAUUGUAGAAACUGUAGUAACAACGCAAGCUACUGGAACCUUCCGUUUCUUUAAAAGUGAGGCAAUGGAUGGCAUUACUUUUGUAAUACAAAAAGGUCAUUUGUAUUAUGAAAAACCAAAAUCAAGUUUGCAUGCGUCAUAAAUAAGGAUUUGUGAAUAGGUAAAACAAAAGGCUUAGGCCUUCAACAAUCAUCAGGGAAAUGAUUUCAGGAAAGCGAUAUGUUCACUAUUUUAGCAGAUUCUGCACUACUGAAAUUGUGAAAUGGCUCGCCACGCCUGAAGUUAACACAGGAACGAGUCUUUGCAUUAAGACGUAUGUCAAUCAAAUCUGUCUCCAUACACUCUUGAAUAAUAUCAGGUGACACACUGAACCAAUACCGUACCAAACACCAGCAGUCAAUUAAAUGGACUCAGGACUAAAAACAUCAGCCCACUGUGGAUCUGCUUUGAUUCAGCCAUUACUAAGAUGCACUCCGUUUGGCCAUUGUAUGUCAUUGUUGAUGAUUUGCAAAAGAACUGUAUGUAGCAUCAAAGGUCAAUCUGCAAAGUUGUACCUUUUUAAAUAUUAAAUAUUUUAAAAUGCCACAA